AUGCAAGAAAACACAUCAGAGCCACUACACACCAACAAGAGCUCCUCGCUCACCAACGGCGCGGCCAAUGCGACGUCAGACGCCCCGGCGCAACGCUCCCUCCGCGAUGUUUGCAACGACGCGCAGCGUAAAGUCGCCACUUUUCUGAGCGAUCCGGACCCGGGCUCAGAGAUCCUACGAGCUGUGCAGCGACAGGUCCGCAUCUCGCUGGACGUCGUUGACAAGGCUUUAGAAGAAUAUGGAAUCCCAGAACUCUCCCUCUCCUACAACGGCGGCAAAGACUGCCUCGUCAUGCUGAUCCUGAUCCUCGCCUGCCUCCCACGACACUUUGACUCCUCCAACACCCCACCGCCCACCACAGAACCCACCACGAGCACGACGCCCUUCAAGGCGAUACACCAACCCCCCAUACCGCCGGCGUCGUCUUCGUCGCCACCGCGCCAGUUCCCGGAUUCGCUGCAGGCCGUGUACGUCGUGUCGCGCCACCCCUUCGCCGAGGUGGACGCCUUUGUCGACCGCACCUCGGCCGAGUACCACCUGGCCGUCGAGCGCAUCGCCCAGCCCAUGAAGCCCGCGCUGCACGCCUACUUGGCCGCGCGCCCGGCCGUGCGCGCCGUCUUUGUCGGCACGAGGCGGACGGACCCGCACGGUGAGAGCCUGACGCACUUUGACGCUACGGAUCCUGGGUGGCCGCCGUUUAUGAGGGUGCAUCCGGUCAUUGACUGGCAUUAUGCCGAGAUCUGGGCUUUCAUCCGUCAUCUGGGAAUUCCAUACUGCGAGCUGUACGACAGGGGCUACACGUCCCUCGGUGGCACGACCGACACGAAUCCGAAUCCUGCGCUGAAGCGCGUUGUAGAAAGUACGGCGGACGGCAAGGCGGAUCCGCAAGAGACGUUUCGGCCUGCGUACGAGCUCAUGGACGACUACGAGGAGAGGCUUGGGCGUGAUAGGUAG